UUCUACAAACUAUGUUAAAACAGCUUUAAUCAUCUCUCGGCUGCUGGUUGUAUUGUGCCAAAAACAAAAUAACAUUUAUUAAUGUUUAUAGAUAAAGCUGCAACUAAAGUUUGUUUAUAUAAUCAAUUGAUUAGUAUUUGAUAAAUUGACCAGUCCAACCAUUGUGCCUUCUGUUGUUUCCUCUCACUUUGCCCGUUUCCCAUUAUAGCACUGCCGUCAUUCGAUGGACAGUCUGUAAGACAAGCGGUUUCUUUAUUUAUGGUAUAGUGAACCAGUAGAAGCCGUAUUGUCUCCAACCAUUUCUGUAGUUUACUGUGAUCACAUGUAUUAUAUGAACGCUGUAGUAAACUUUUGUUUAGGUAAACAGCGUAUCAACUUUUCUCUACAGUUGAUGUGAAGUUUCUGUGAACUAAGAAGUACCAGGGGGCUAAUAUGUUUCCUCUGGGACACCUUUUUCUUAUCGAGUAUUUUAGGGCUGCUGCUCCCAUGGCGUCAUGUGCGUCUGAAGGGCAACAAAAGUGCUUUGUUCAGUAUGUUAGCCCCAACAGAUAUCCUUGACUGGCUAGUCUCACCGUAUCCACGAGAAAGGAAUGAAGCCAUCCUUCACACGCAGGGAGAACGUAACUAGUUGUGCUCUUGUGCACUCCUGGCCCCCAUAUUCUUUGACAUCACUGGAAUUCAAACAUGGCCUCAUCCCUAUGCCACUCCCACUGCCGGAAUGGACCGAUAUCAAACAAUACUUGAAAUACCUCAACCUUGAUGAGCCCAUUAUUGGACUUGGUGCUUUGGUGCAAGAGGAAGAUGCUUUCACAGAUGAUGGCAAAGUCCAGUUGAGGUACAGGUGUAAAAUGUGUGCAGUAGUGAUGGACAUGUGUACAAUGGUAUGCCAUGUUGUAAGCCGCAAGCACCGUCAGAAGUACCUGCAAUUGAAGAGGCCAGACUUGGUGACGUGGCAGAAAAACAGCAAAAGUUCACAGAAACAACCAGGUCUUGUUGCGAAGGCUAAGGCUGCACUUGUGGAAAAGCAAGAAGGAUGGGGAUCUCCAGUGGCACUCAACCGGCCAGACGAGGGCCAAAGGCAGAAAAAGGAUUAUCAAGGCCAUGGAAGAGAAGAAGACUCUCAUUCCUAUACUCAUGAAAGGUCCUACUCUGGGCGAGACAGAAGUGGGCCAUCUCCCUUGGCUGAAGAUGGUUACAAACGAUCGUAUUUGAAGGAUGAUGCUCUUGGAAAGCCAUCUCGUUAUCAUGAGGAUGACCUGUAUGGAAGAUCAUCUAGAGAUAAUGCAGCUCAUGGACAGUCCUACCCAGAGGAUGACAGAUGUGAAAUGACAUACUAUCAAGAUGGCAGACAAAGAUCUUAUGAAGAUGACAACCGCACUGAAAGACCUUAUUUGAAAGGAGACAUUAGUGUAAGGUCUUUUCUAGAAGAAGACAGUAGUGGAAGACACCAAAUUGACAGAACUAUUCCAGCAAAGUCUUAUAGUGGUGGGCGGCAAGAUGAAUGCUACCCAGAUAUAAAUCGCAGAAGAGGGUGGAAUUCAAGUUCAGAUGUGCAAGAUGAUGUGUAUCGUGGUGGUCUUCCAGGAAGCAGAUUUGCUGACACAGAGAUGAGUGGUUCAGCUCGACACCUAGAAGAUACAGACUACAGGCAGGACAGGCAGAUUCAAGAUCGGAUGUACACGUCAUGUGAGGGAAGAGGACGUAGCAUAGAUGAACUGCAGAGACCAAGAAGAAGCUUCCAGUAUGCAGAGGAGGAAAGGGAACAUGUUCCAAAUGUAGAAAAUACAGCAAGGGCUGGGUCCUUUGAGGUGCAAGGCUAUACCCAAAGACACAGAGAUGGUUUGGAAGACUAUGCUCAGGAACAUCCCCCUGCUAAAAGGAAAAGGAAGAGUAGGUUCUCUGAUGCCACACCAUUAGAAAUAGCACUUGCACAGAAGAGGUUUAUUGAAACCAUGGUUCCGAAAAACCCAGGAAGAGCAGUUCCCACAAAAUCUCAAGAUUUUCAUAGGUGGGUAGAUCAGCGUGGGGACAUGCAGAUGGAAAGACGUCUUGAUGUGCAUGGAUUUCAGGAGACCACUAAAUAUGAGCGUGGCCCUAGAGAUUUUCAAGAAGCAAGAACUUUCACAACUGAUCCCACAAGUCUGCAAGAGAACCGGCGGUUUGAGGACAAUUCCAGAAAUUUAGAAAACAAAAGAUAUUUUGAAGACCACAGACACAUUGAGGACAUGAAGGGAUAUGAAAAAGACUCUUACCAGGAGUCUGCAAGAUAUGAAAAUCUCCCAAGAGAUUUUCAAGAAUCAAGACAAUUUGAAUAUGAUCGUACCAGUUUCCAGCAGUCAAGAGGAUUUCAGAACAACUCCAGAGAUUAUCAACAUGGAAGAUGUUUUGAAGAUGGUCCUGCCGGUUUCCAACAGGCAAAAGAAUUUAAGGACAAGCCUAGAGGUUUUCAACAUGGAGGACGUUUUGAAGAUGAUCCUUCAGGUUUCCAGCAGGCCAGACGUUUUGAUGAGAACCCCAGAGCAGGGCAUGUUAAUGAAGAACCCAGAAGCUUUCAAAACAUUAGACAUACCAGGGGUUCUGACAAAUCUAUAGGUUAUGAAGACUAUGAAAGAAGAAGAGCAGGAGCAGAGGGAAGGUAUAGUGAGGGUGACUUCAGACACUCUCAGGGCAGCCUUGACAGUCAGCGUGAAUUUGAAUGGGACCCUAAAAGAAGGGGAUCAGCUGAACGGUCUGAAGAUCUCAAGGAUUACUAUCCACGUUAUGAUAAUGAUGAUGGAAGAGAUACAAGAGAGAGCCUUUGGAAGUCCAGACCUCUAAGAGAGGAAGAAAAGGUGUAUGGCGCGAGCCAAGCGCAAAGGCCACGUUAUCAGCGUGACUAUGAUUCUGGUGCAGAACCCUAUGAUCCGUUUCAUCCUUCAUCUUCUCCGCCUCAGGAAGUGGCACCCCCCUCCAGUCUCGAAAAGCUUGCUGUCACUCUCCUAGAGCUUAUGGCACGUAAAUCAAAUUGAAACGUUUCCUAAAUUAUGUGAAGAUAUGUGUGUAGUUGUUAUUAUUCUUCUUAUUCUUAAAAGGAAUCGAAUGAAAGUGUCAACAAAAAUAUAAAUUUUUUUUUUUUAAUUGUGUGUAAUUUCUUAAUGUCCAGAGCACUGUUUUUAUGUUAACUACCCUUCAUCUGUGAAGUCUUCCCUGGCUGGGGUGUAUUCAGUGCUUGUUUUGGUUAAAAUACAGGAUUACUGACA